CGCCUGGAGUCACCCUGGCUGCUGCUGUUCCUUGGCCGCUGCUUAGUGUUUUCGUGCUCCUCCUCUUUCUCCUCCUCCUUCGAGUCCCUGUCUGGCCGACCUGUUCUGUUUGCGGUCAGAAAACUAAGACCUAACUUGCUACCUUAUCUGGAGUCUCAUGGUGACUCUGCAACUUGAUGGAUGACAAUAAACCUUUUCAACCAAAAAAUAAUUCAAAAAUGGCAGAACUCUUUAUGGAAUGUGAAGAAGAAGAACUGGAACCAUGGCAGAAGAAAGUAGAAGAAAAUCAGGAUGAGGAUGAUGAUGAGCUGAUCUUUGUCGGAGAGAUAUCAAGUUCAAAACCAGCCAUUUCAAAUAUUUUGAACAGAGGUAACUCCAGCUCAUCUUCAAAGGGAAUAAAGAAUGAACUACACAAUCAAGGUGUUACUGAUGCCUUCAAGCCUACAAGUCAACCUUACGAAGACCCAACAUCAAAUCCAGUGGCUGCCUUACCUAGAUUUAAUCCUGAAUCUAAAUCUUCACAUAGCUCUGUUAUUCAGAAUGUGUCUAAAUCUGAUUUUACAAAGAAUUCAUCACAAGCUGAAUCGGAUGAUUCCUCAGAUUUACUUUUUGACCUGACCCAGGACACAGUACCACUGUCCCAAGACAGAUCAACAAUUUAUAUAGAAGCUCUGGAUGAAACUUUCCCUAUAAUAAAACAUUCUACUAUUAUAGCAAGCAGACUUAAUCCAAAAAAGCCAAAGACCAGCGAAGAUGUUUCUGAAAUAGAUUCUUAUGCUUCAUUGUCUUUAGACAGCUCUCCUUCAGUGACAUCCUCCCCAGUUAAGACAUCAAUAGAUACCUCACCAAUUGAACACAAAACUGGAAUGCCUUUUCAAAGAUCUUGUCCAAAGUGCAAUGUUCAGUUCAAUCUUUUGGAUGCUUUGAAAUAUCACAUGAAGCAUUGUUGUCCAGACAUGCUAAAUAAAUUUUUGGAGAUGAUCAAAGUAGAAAUUUCGAGUACUGAAAAUAAAGAAAAGACUGGUACAGAGAAAGAAAAGUUGAUCAUGUUAGUUAGUGACUUUUACUACGGAAAACAUGAAGGAGAUGUUGACAAUGAGCAGAAAACUUACACAACCUUUAAAUGCUUCAGUUGCUUGAAAGUUCUUAAAAAUAAUAUUAGGUUUAUGAACCACAUGAAACACCAUUUAGAACUUGAGAAGCAGAACAGUGAGAGCUGGGAAAGCCACACCACCUGCCAGCACUGUUACCGUCAGUAUCCCACACCAUUCCAGCUGCAGUGUCACAUCGAGAGCACACACACCCCUCAUGAGUUCUCUACUAUUUGUAAAAUCUGUGAAUUAUCAUUUGAAACAGAACAUACUCUUUUACAACAUAUGAAGGAUACUCAUAAACCCGGUGAAAUGCCAUAUAUUUGCCAGGUUUGUCAGUUUAGAUCAUCAACAUUUUCUGAUGUAGAAACUCAUUUUAGAGCAUCCCACGAAAACACGAAGAACUUGCUAUGUCCAUUUUGCCUCAAAGUUAGUAGAAUGGCAACCCCCUACAUGAAUCAUUACAUGAAACAUCAGAAAAAAGGGGUUCAUCGCUGUACAAAAUGCAGACUACAGUUUUUGACCUGCAAGGAGAAACUGGAUCACAAGACACAGCAUCGGACAUUUAUAAAGCCUAAAGAGCUAGAAGGCUUGCCUCCUGGUUCAAAAGUUACUAUUCGAGCUUCAUAUGGACAUCUUCAUUCAAAACCAUCAGCUACAUCUUCCAGUGAUACUCCAAGCACUUCUUCUCUUCAGGUCUCACCUCCAAAGUCUAAAAAUACAACUGCUAAAAAUGCCACAAAAUCAAAUACAAGUAAGUCUAAGAUAUGUAAGGCUCGUGCAGCUACAUCCACUGCAAGUAAAGCAUCCAAUGCAAGUAAGCAAGGUAGAGGCACAUCUAAAUGCAAAGCAAAAACCUCUUACAAGCAAAAGAAACAACGCAACAGAAAGAACAAAAUCAGCAUAGCUUUGAAGAAUUUAAGGUGUUGUCGAGGAAUUCACAAGUGCAUUGAGUGUCAUUCCAAAAUAAAAGAUUUUGCAAGCCACUUUUCAAUAUAUAUCCACUGUAAUUUUUGCAAAUACAACACUAACUGUAACAAAGCCUUUAUAAAUCAUAUGGCAAGCUCUCAUGGCAGCCAUCCAAGUAAACAGUUUUCUAUUUUCAAGAAGCAUUGUAGAACUCUCAGGGGCAUUACUCUAGUGUGCCUUAAAUGUGAUUUCCUAACUGAUUCUUCUAGUUUAGAUCGUAUGGCCAAACACUUAAGUCAACGUAAAACUCAUACUUGCCAAGUUGUAACAGAGAAUGUUCCCAAAAGUACCUCAACUUCUGAACCCACUUCUGAAUGCAGAAGCAACACAGAAAUUUCAAAAAUGUCCAGGGUACUCCUGGUCAGUGUCCCCCUUCGUUGGACACAACUGAUGCCUGUUCUCUCUUUCCAAGAAAUAUGAAUUGUUUAACUGUGAGACAUCCUCUAGUUUGUAGCCCUAGGAAAUCAGGUCCUGGGAAGA